AUGCGUUUUAUUUCUGUCGUUGCGGCAGCUCUGGCCGCUCAGGGCGCCGUUGCCAGUUCCUGGCUCUCCAAGGCUGCCUACAACAAGUGGCACCAGACUGAGCUUGAGCGCUGGCUCUCCGACCACGACGUCCCCUACCCCACUCCUGCCGACCGCAAGGACCUCGAGAAGCUGAUCGAGAAGAACUGGGAUAACUACGUUGUCACUCCCUACAAUUCGUGGGAUGCCGAAAGCUUGCAGAAGCAUCUCAAGGCCAAGGGUGUUGAGACCGAGGCUUCUGCUAAGGCUACCAAGGACUCCCUGAUCUCUCAGGUCCAGAACUCCUGGUACGAGACCGGCGACCAGGCCCAGAACGCUUACCUCAACGUCAAGGACUGGAUCCUGGAUACUUGGACUGAUAGCCAGCUGAAGGCUUUCUGUGACAAGCAUGACAUCCCUGUUCCUCAACCUCGCAAGCGUGACACUCUUCUCUCAAAGGCUCGCUCUAGCUAUGACAACAUCGCUCAGAAGGUUGGCGAGACUGCCUCCUACCCCGGCAACUGGCUGUACGAGAACUGGUCUGAGUCUGAUCUCAAGGAGUGGCUCGACACCCACGGAUUCCCUGCUCCCCAAGUCACUGACCGUGAUAAGUUGAUUGCUUCUGUCCGCCGCAACUCCCGUCUUGCCUACCUCAAGGCUCAGGAGCAGGCCGCCAGCGCUUCCACCAGCGCCCAGCAGGCCUAUGCUACUCUGACUGAUAUGGUUAUUGACGCCUGGAGCGAGUCUCAGCUCAAGGAGUUCGCUGACAAGAACGGCAUUCCUGUUCCCCAGGGCACCAAGGCCAACGAGCUCCGCGCUCUGAUCCGCAAGCACCGUGCUGACUUCCUCAACGACAACGUUGCUGGCAAGGCUUCUAGCGCUUUCGGUGCUGCUACUUCCAACGUCGCCCAGAACGCUGCUAAGGCUACCGAUCGUGCCUCUCUCGCCGCUCAGGAAGCUUUCAACGAAGCUGUCGGUACCUGGUCCGAGAGCCGUCUCAAGGCCUACCUUGACGCACGUGGUAUUCCUGUCCCCCAGGGCUCCAAGACUGAUGAGCUCCGUGCUCUUGUUCGCAAGAACCAGCACAAGGCUGCUUCUGGUUGGAAUGCCUGGACCUUUGAUGACUUCUCUACUGAGAAGCUCAAGAACUACCUCUCUUCCAGCGGUAACGCCGCUGCCAAGAAGGCUGCCGAGAAGAAGGACGCUUCCCGUGACGAGCUUCUGAGCGCUGCCCAGGGUGCUUACAGCUCUGCUUCCUCCGCUGGCGGUGCUAGCUAUGCCUCUGUUACUAGCUACCUCAGCCAGGCAACUGACUCUGCCAAGUCGAACCUUUUCGACACUUGGAGCGAGAGUGAGCUCAAGUCUUACCUGGACAGCUACGGCGUCAAGGUUCCUCAGACCUCCAACAUUGACGAGCUCCGCGCCGCCGCUCGCAAGCAGUACACCUACUUCAAGUACGGCACAUCGUCUCCUUCUGGAACUCUCCUCGCUAAGAUCGAGGAGGGUGUUAAGGACACCUGGAACUGGGUUGCCAGCCAGAUUGGCAUUGGCGCCGAUACCGCCCAGAAGAAGGCUGGCCAGACCAAGGAAAAGGUCAAGCAGGAGUUGUAA